AUGCACAUCCUAGCCGCUAGUUUAGUAAUGUUGACCAUUUCGAGCGUGCUAAGUGCUCCAAUUAGAAACAACAGUAUCAAGGUUGAGGACCAGUAUGGCAGCCAAGAUGAGAAUGGCUUUGUAUGGGGUUACAAUUUGAGUGAUGGCCGUAAGGUAGUUCAAAAUGGUGUUAUCAGAGAGCAGACAGACGGUACAAAAAUACUUGUAUUUGAUGGAUCCUACAGCUUCAUCGGUUCCGAUGGUGUCGAAUACAUCGUUGAGUACUAUGCUGACGAAACUGGUUAUCAUCCCACGGUCAUAGUAAACAAGAAAGAGACAACUACAAAAAAGACUUUUGGAAUAGAUAAAGAAGAUUAUACACCGUUCCCUUCAACAACUACUAGACCUCCACAAGCAACGUAUAACCCGGAGAGCUCUAUAGAUCCUAAGGUAUUAGCAUCUUUGAUAGGAUAAUUAAUUCUUUUACCAACUGUACCAUUGACCUUGAAAUGAAUACACAUUUCCAAUAAAAUACAAACUAGA